AUGACGAUCGUCAACCAUGAAGAUGCCAAUGUGGGAAUUUCCUUAACUUUUUUUCCCCUUCUUAUUGUGCCUCUUACGUGGUUUUUGUCAAAGAUUCAGGAAGAAUUCCGAGGUGGCAAAAUUGACUUAGUGAAAACGCAGAAGUUACUGGAAAAACUAGACUUUCAGUGUAAUGAGAGUCACAUGAGACAAAUUUUUAAGGAUAACGACAGACAGGGGAAGGGAAGGAUCACCAUCGAGGAAUUCAGAGCCAUUUACCGCAUGGUUGCACACAGAGAAGAGAUCAUGGAGAUUUUCAACACGUAUUCUGAGAACCGGAAAAUCCUCUCUGAACACAGCCUGGUGAAAUUUCUGACACAGGAGCAGUACACCUACGGGAUGAACGGAACUCAACCCUCUCUGCUCAUUCAGAAGUAUGAGCCCAUUGAGGAAGUUAAGGGAGUGCGGCAGAUGUCAUUUGAAGGAUUUAUAAGAUACAUGUGUUCUUCCGAAUGCUUGCUCUUCAAAGAGGAAUGCAGAAAAGUGUACCAAGAUAUGACUCUGCCACUGAGCGAUUAUUUUAUUUCAUCUUCGCACAAUACCUACUUGAUCUCUGAUCAAUUAGUAGGACCCAGUGAUCUCUGGGGAUAUGUAAGUGCUCUGGUGAAGGGCUGCCGGUGUCUGGAGAUUGACUGCUGGGACGGAGCCCAGAAUGAGCCCAUUGUCUACCACGGCUACACGCUGACCAGCAAGCUGCUGUUCAAGACCGUCAUCCAGGCCAUCAACAAGUACGCCUUCAUGACAUCCGAUUAUCCCGUGGUGCUGUCGCUGGAAAACCACUGCUCCCCUGCGCAGCAAGAAAUAAUGGCUGAUAUCUUGCAGAACACAUUUGGGGACAUGCUACUGUCCGACAUGCUGGAUGAAUUCCCAGACUGCCUGCCGUCUCCUGAGGCCUUGAAAUUCAAGAUAUUAAUUAAGAACAAGAAAAUCGGAACGCUAAUGGAGACCCGGGCAAGGUUAGGUUCAGACAAACACGGAAAGGUGGAGGAGUAUGAAGAGGAAGUGGGAGAUCAAGAGGAAGAAGAGGAGGAAGUGAGGGACCCGGAAGCACAAGAGUCUCCGGAAAAGGAGUCUGAGCUCCUGAAGACCUUCACUUCCGGCUUUUUCAAGAAGAAGAAGACCAGGAAGGUGAAAAUCGCUCUGGCCUUAUCUGAUCUCGUCAUUUACACCAAAGCCGAGAGGUUCCGAAGCUUCCACCACGCCAGGCUGUACCAGCAGUUCAACGAAGGCACCUCCCUGAGCGAGUCCCAGGCCAGGAAGUUUUCCAAGCUGAAAGUCCACGAGUUUAUUUUCCACACCGGGAAGUUCCUUACCAGAAUCUACCCCAAGGCCAUAAGAGCAGACUCUUCUAAUUUUAAUCCUCAAGAAUUUUGGAACGUAGGCUGUCAAAUGGUGGCCCUGAAUUUCCAGACACCGGGUCUGCCCAUGGACUUGCAAAAUGGGAAAUUUCUGGAUAACGGUGGCUCUGGGUAUCUUCUCAAGCCGCUCUUCCUGAGAGAUCAUAAAUCGGACUUUAACCCAAUGAAUGCCACCGACUGUGAGCCGAUCACACUUUCAAUAAGGGUCAUCAGUGGAAUCCAGCUGCCUCUCAGCAGCUCACCCACCAGCAAGGCCGACACGCUGGUGAUUAUUGAGGUGUACGGCGUUCCCAACGACCACGUCAAGCAGCAGACUCGCGUCAUUAGGAAAAAUGCCUUCAGCCCCAAAUGGAACGAAACCUUCACCUUCAUUAUCCAAGUGCCGGAGCUGGCGCUGAUCCGCUUCGUGGUGGAGACCCCGGGGCUGAUAGCUGGGAACGAGUUUCUGGGGCAGUACACCCUGCCAGUCCUGUGCAUGAACAAAGGUUACCGCCGCGUCCCUCUGUUCUCCAGAACCGGCGAGAGUCUGGAACCUUCUUCACUCUUUGUGUACGUGUGGUACAUUCGCGAGGAGAACGGCACGUGA